ACUCGGCACCAUGGCCCAGACGCCCACCUUCGACAAGCUCAAAGUGGAGCUGCACGUCCACCUAGAUGGAGCCAUCAAGCCCGAAACCAUUUUGUACUAUGGCAAGAAAAGAGGCAUUUCCCUCCCUGCCGACACCGUGGAGAAACUGCAAGCCGCCAUUGGCAUGGACCAUCCACUAAGUCUCCCAGGCUUCCUGGCCAAGUUUGAUAUCUACAUGCCCGUCAUUGCGGGCUGCCGGGAGGCCAUCAAGAGAAUUGCCUAUGAGUUUGUGGAGAUGAAGGCCAAAGAGCGUGUGGCAUAUGUGGAGGUGCGUUACAGCCCACACUUGCUGGCCAACUCCAAGGUGAAGCCAAUGCCCUGGAACCAGCAAGAAGGGGACCUCACUCCGGAUGAGGUGGUGUACCUCGUAUGCCAGGGCCUGGCGGAGGGUGAGCGUGACUUUGGGGUGAAGGUGCGGUCCAUCCUGUGCUGCAUGCGCCACGAGCCGGACUGGUCCCUGGAGGUGGUGGAGCUGUGUAAGAAGUACCGGUCACAGAACGUGGUGGCCAUGGACCUAGCUGGAGAUGAGACCAUACCGGACAGCAGCAUCUUCCCCAACCAUGUGGCAGCUUAUGAGGAGGCUGUGAGGAGCAACAUCCACCGCACGGUCCAUGCUGGCGAGGUGGGGUCAGCAGACGUAGUGAGAAAGGCUGUGGAAGUGCUCAAGACAGAGAGGGUGGGCCAUGGCUACCACACCCUGGAGGACCAAACCCUGUACGAACAGCUGCUGAAGAGCAACAUGCACUUUGAGGUCUGCCCCUGGUCCAGCUACCUCACCGGUGCCUGGAAGCCUGAGACGGAGCAUGCUGUGAUUCGUUUCAAGAAUGACAAAGCCAACUACUCCCUCAACACGGAUGAUCCACUCAUCUUUAAGUCCACCCUGGAAACUGACUACCGCAUGACCAAAGAGAAGAUGGGCUUCACCCAGGAGGAGUUCCAGAGGCUGAACCUCAAUGCGGCCCAAUCUAGCUUCCUUACUGACACUGAAAAGCGGGAACUUGUGGAGCUGCUGCACAAAGACUAUGGGCUGCCGCCCCCUGUGUGGACAGAGUCACACCCCUGAGGAUGCC